UGCAGGGAGAAGUUAGCCGUGCUCUGCCAGUCUGCUCCGAAGCCACGAUGGAUGCUAUACCAUGCAUUUUGCUCGUCCUUCUCUUCGGGGCGAGCAUACACGAAAAUUCCGCCCUGCAGUGUUACUGUGAGCGAUGCAGUGCGAACUCCAGCUGCACCACCGAUGGGCUCUGCUACGUAGCCAUCCGUCGCUCGGGCAACCGUCUGAUCACAGAGCAGAGCAUGUGCGUCCACGACAACGAACUGUUUCCCCGUGACCGGCCCUUCAUCUGCGCCCAGUCCAACAAGCAGGAGACGGGCAUCUUCCCCAUCUGCUGCCUCACCGACUACUGCAACAAGAAUCCUGACCCCACCAGCUUCCCCGUACCCACGGUGAAGCCCCCUCCUCUGGGCCCCGUUGCCCUGGCAGCAGUCAUUGCGGGGCCGGUGUGUGUGCUGUGCCUGCUGUUGGUGGUGGCCUUCUACGUGUGCCACAGUCACAGGGGCCUGGGGGCCGGAGGAGCAGGGGCCCACCACCACAGGGUCCCCAAUGAGGAGGACCCCCACAUGGAUCACCCCUUCAUCACAGUGGGAACCACCCUGAAAGACCUGAUCUACGACAUGACCACCUCUGGCUCAGGAUCAGGCCUGCCGCUGCUGGUGCAGAGGACCAUCGCCCGGACCAUCAUCCUGCAGGAAAGCAUCGGUAAGGGCCGCUUUGGAGAGGUGUGGAGAGGGAAGUGGCGGGGGGAGGAGGUGGCUGUCAAGAUCUUCUCAUCCCGUGAGGAGCGCUCGUGGUUCAGAGAGGCCGAGAUAUACCAAACCGUCAUGCUGCGCCAUGAGAACAUCCUGGGCUUCAUCGCUGCAGACAACAAAGAUAACGGCACAUGGACUCAGCUGUGGCUUGUGUCGGACUACCAUGAACACGGCUCUCUGUUCGACUACCUGAACCGCUACACCGUGACAGUGGAGGGCAUGAUCAAACUGUCCUUGUCCACAGCCAGCGGGCUGGCCCACCUGCACAUGGAGAUUGUGGGCACGCAAGGUAAACCAGCUAUAGCUCACAGAGACCUGAAGUCCAAGAACAUCCUGGUGAAGAAGAAUGGCACGUGUUGUAUCGCUGAUCUGGGGCUGGCAGUGCGUCACGACUCUGCUACAGACACCAUUGACAUCGCCCCCAACCACCGAGUCGGAACCAAGAGGUACAUGGCUCCAGAGGUGCUGGACGACUCCAUAAACAUGAAACACUUUGAGUCGUUCAAACGAGCAGACAUCUACGCCAUGGGACUGGUGUUCUGGGAGAUCGCCAGCCGCUGCUCCAUGGGAGGUAUCCAUGAGGAUUACCAGCUGCCCUACUACGACCUGGUGCAGUCUGACCCCUCUGUGGAAGAGAUGAGGAAGGUGGUGUGUGAACAGAAGCUGCGGCCCAACAUUCCAAACCGCUGGCAAAGCUGUGAGGCCCUGCGGGUAAUGGCCAAGAUCAUGAGGGAGUGCUGGUAUGCUAACGGUGCAGCCCGCCUCACGGCUCUGCGCAUCAAGAAGACUCUGUCUCAGCUCAGCCAACAGGAGGGCAUCAAGAUGUAGAGUACAGGCUCCUCCACUGCCCACUCAUCAGCAUUAUUGUGUCAUGGAGCCAGUCUUAAGAAGUGUGACAACAAGAAGGGAACACAGGGCAUUCAUAUCUACCCUCAUAUCCAUCUGUCAUAUCAGCUCCAAGGGGCCUCGGUCGGGACAGAGCCCCCUGCAGGCCUGGAGCUGCCACCAUGUUCAUAAGCAGGACACUCUCCAGGAGGGCUCCCAGUGUGUCAGCGUCUGAGACAUGCACACUAAAUGUUAGAUAACAGCAGGUUUGAUGUGAGAAAUCUUAUGGACAUGACCGCAAAGACAGUAGAUGUACAAAAAAGACAAAAUGAAAACAAUUAUUGAAAACUUUUUUUAAUUGUCUUCCAAAAAUUAUAAAGUUAACUGACUGUUUGCUGGCAGCCCGUGAGUAAAACAUGGGUCUGAAAACACUUGGUAUUAUCAGUGAUUGGCCUUCCCACAGGUCACAAAAACAAACCCAACAAAAAUCAAUAAGGGUCCAAACUCCCACAUGUCUGGUUAAUGAUUAAAUGAUCCAGUUUUGAGAUAAAAUGACAUGGAAUAGAAUGGUAUUCUACACAGUAUAUCAUAAUCUAAAAUAAGUUAUGAAUGUCAAAUGUUUAUUAUAGAAUUAUAAUUAUUUUAUUCUCCUAAAUGUAUAUAGAUGUAAAGUUUGUGUAGGUAGUGCGCCCCUCAAAAGGUAGUGCCCCUGCUUUGUGCCCUCUUGGAGAGAGUCCUCCGUGGACCGGCCCUCAGGUAUCAGUCCACCGCUGGACCCUCUUUGCCUCCUCUUCUUCAUCUGUGAGCGAUCUCCCAUGGCGACUGCUCACUUGUAUUUAUUCUCUUCUAUCGUCUUUAUGGAGGCAGGGGAUCACUUUGCAAACCAACCUGGACACGAUGACCUCAUUCAUGCUGCCACAUAUGCAAUAGCACUAGACAAAGUGUUCUUUUGUAUAUCCUGCGUAACCAUACCAUGCUCAGCUAUACCGGAAAGUGCCAGUGCUUUACCGCCCCCCUCUGGCCCGGGCUCAUUCUAUGCACCGAUCAGCAGCAGCCCGCGGCGCCUGGUGCCAUCUGGACCCACUCCACACCGGACCACCUCAGUCUCACCGGACAGCUCCCCCUGAAGGUGCUGUGGCGGGGCAAACUCAAAACUUGUAAAGCAUACUAUGUGAUGUUGCCCCUAAAUGUUUUGGGUUCAGUUCAGUGUUGGUGUAGGAUAAUCGCUCGACAGUGACAUUCAUUAAAUAUAGCAAACGGAGAUUUACUAAGCCAUAGGUUUUCCAGGUGUGUAUCUUUUUCUUUUUACCGCUUUUUCUACUAGAAUGUACAUUUAUGAACACAAAAAAUGAAAGUGGACUUCAUUUCAGCUUAGCAAGCCUUAAGGGACCAACACAUAAGAGUCUUGAUUUUCUUUUAUAUGAAAAAAUGAGUAUUAUAUAUUGUUGAUUUUUAUGAUCAUGUAAAAGAUGUAUGUAGCAUCUGUUCAGUCUUGUCUUAGUUGUUGCAUUGCCAAUAUUGCCACACAUCUAGUCCGAGCUCAUAGCUAGCCGUGUCAGCCAUUGUUCAUACAUGGCCUGAUAUCUGGAGAAUAUCUUUCUGCUCAGCAAUAAGUGCCCUUCUCCCUUGGCUGGCGGGCGGGCGAGCUGUGUGGCAUUGUCUCUCUCUCCCUCUCUCUCUCUCUCUGCCUCUCUCCAUCUCUCUCUGCUUCUGCCUCUCUUUCUCUCUCUUUUUACCUCCCUCUCUCUCAUAUGGACGCAUUAGUGUGUAUGUGCUGCUGCCCACCUGUGCCAUGUCGCCGUUAGCUCCUCCUCCUCGCGCCACUGCCACAGACCCAGGCAGUGCCCAAACUCUGUGCCAAUCCAUCACCGGACAACUCACCAGGCUGUCCGCAGGGAACGCAAGACAAGCAGUUAUUUUUCACCCGAGUGGAUAUUUCAAUUCAAAGUGCUAGUUUUGUACAAAAAAAUAAUCUUGUGUAGCAACAGAUUGUGUAUUCUAUUGAUUUAAAAAAAAAAAAAAAAAAGUCAGAUUGAAAGCCAAACGUUCAGGUCUGCUCAAAUGUCACAUUCCGCAAUCAUCCAACCUCAUUGUUCCAAGUGAGGUCGGAUCCCCUCCCGUUGAAGCUUAUUUAAGGAGGAUUCUCUCUCGGAAUUGUCCUCUGACUUUAAAAUAAAUGACCUUUUAUGGUUAGGAGUAAAACGUCCUCCUUAAGUUCUGAGGAGGACCUCAGAACUGCCCCUAAACCUCAUCUCCAUCUGCGCCCUUUUCCUCCAAAAUAUCUGACUGAAGAUGGGCUCCUUCUUGGCCCGUUGGAGCGGAGUUGAAGCAGUCUUAAUCAAGUCUGACUUUGUAAACUUUGUAAAUAGAUUUUUCUUGAAGUAAACAAAAAGAAUUGUGAUAUUUGAAGAAAGAAGUUUUUUUUUGCUGCUAUGUAAAAACUAAAUGUUCGAUGGACUGUGCUGAUUGGAUGUUGGCCCAGUGAGGCAAAUCGGGGCCAAGGAUAUCUGGCCGGGCAAUAUGGUGGAAGUGAGCCCUGGCGCCCCCUGGUGAAGUUGUGUUUGCACUGUGCGGAGCGGUACUUUUCCCCUUCUUAACUUGCUCCUUUGACCACUAACCCCUCUGUCUUGUUUCUCUGGUCCAUAGUCUCCUGUUUAAUUUUUAUUCUGGUCUCCCUGUUGCUUUUGCUCCAGGUACCCUCUCUAGUUUGUACUCCCUGUUUUCUACUCCUUUGUCUCUUUACUCUGCUCCCUACUCCGCCCUUGUUCCUGUUUUCCUAGCGUUCUCAAACUUGGGUCCCUAAAAUAUUUAAAAGUAAGAAAUUGUAGUAUUGAAACAAUAAUUCUUAUGAUAUAUACAAUACUAAACAAACUAUUAGAAGUUGUUGUAGGUUUUAUACAUGGUUUGAACUAGAGAUAGAUCAGUUUGCCAUUAUAGCGGGCCGAUAUUUGCACUUUUUAGGGUAUCGGCCUUAAAUUUCUGUCUAGACCGAUAUUUUGGUUAUGGCUGUCCAGCUACCUAAAGAAUGUGCAUAAAACUUUAUUUUGAACAUUUAAAUUACUAAAUUGGGGGAUGCAAUCAAUCUGCCCUACUUAUCGGCCCCUAAAAUAUCGGAAAUGCAUAUCGGCCAUCAGUUUCUCUUGAUUCUUCUAAACAAUCGUCAUCAGCUAUACAAAAAAAAACAAAACUGUUGUUGGUUGAUCUCUAGUUUCAGCUGGCUUUACUAAAUUGCAUUGUUAUGUCAAGGUGGAGAAAGAUGGGGAGUCCUUGGGAUAUUUUCUGACUGAUAUUUGUAUGUGGCCUUAAGAAGUUUGAGAACCCCUGCGUUCACUCAGUCUCCAUUUUUUUUCCUUGUACCCUCAUUCCUGGCCCCCGUUUGUAGUCCUGUUUAUACGGCUUCUUGCUCUCCUGCUCGGCUCCCCCGCCCCCUAGUCCCUCCCUCUGCUUCUUUCACGUCUCCUGGUUGGUCUCCUGUUCCCCCUGUCUGCUCAGCGCGAACACAGCCCAACGGUGCUCUCAUUGCGGCCUCAUUCUCUGGGACAUAACAAAACAAACACGACACCAGGACAAAGCUUCAUUCUGUCUUAAAAGCACCAGCAGCCUUUUCUUUACUGAACCCAGAGACCCCCAUGAUCUCUGAGUCCCUGCCUUCUCUUGUCAUUCCCUCUUCUCCUUUUGAAGACUAUCAACUGGCUCCACAUAGCGCAGCAGCCUAUACGCCAACUGUACCGCGGGACAAAUUCAAAAUACUGUCAAAACUCCAUAAUUGUAAAUCUGGGCUGUCCAAACUAGGGCUGCAUAAUUUUGGAAAAACAAAUUGCAAUUGAGAUUAGAUUUGCAAUUAAAUUAAUUUGCAAUUACAUUCAAACAACUCCAGGAGCAUUAACAUUUGAGAGAACACUAAAAUCUGAACUACACUAAUACAAGAAUCCCAUGCAUUACAGACCCUGUUUUUAGAAGUCUAAACUAUAGGGUAAAAGAGUGUUUUGUUUUUUGUUUUUUGCAGAGGUCAUUCUAUUAUCUCAAGAAUUACGAUAAUUCUGCCAACUCAAAUAGCAAUUUCAAUUUGAUUGCGAUACAUUGUGCAGCCCUAGUCUAAGCAUUGGCUCCAUACCGUUGGGGCAAACUCUUAUUUUUGAUACCCCUGUACGGAAGAGCUGGGGCCAUAAAGGACUUAAUUUUUGUGAUCCUUCAUUAUAAAAGUUUGGACAUGCCUUUGCCAAUUAUUUCAAACCGCAUUUCUUUUAAUGGAAAUUGUGUUUGCCAGUGUUUCUCAAACGUUUUCAACCCAGAAGUAGACACAUUUUACUGUGUUUUAACUUGCAUUGACAGACUAAAAUGUGUAAACUAAAUACAGAGAAAAUCAAGACCCAAGAUUAGGACAUGAACUAGACAUGUAAUUGUACCUAAGGAAGUGGUACUAAGUCUAAAACAGGGUUGACAAAACCAGCACUUAACCUUUACUUACGCCUAGUUGGAGCUUGAUAGUAUGAUCUCUUGACCCAUCACAAUUUUUUUAUUUUAUUUUAUUUAGUGCUAAAUAAAGACCCCCAAAAUAGUCAAAAAUCUUUCUCCAAAGUCUAAAUUCUGCUUCAAAGACAUGGUUUUACUGAUGGUUGAUGGCUGUAAAACUCUUAAUGAAAAAGACAGAAGCUGAUCAGUGAUUAUUAGAGAUAGCUGAAUCUCGUUUAAAAUUCGGUUGAUUGCUUAGCCCUUUCUUUAACAUUACUUACCCAACAUUUUGAGAACCACUGGCAAUUUCCAACAAAAUCCAUUUUCGGUUGCCGCAGCCCUUUGGCACUCACCCCGGAGCAGCACACCGAGCCACCUCAGACUAUGCCAGCUCUCAGCCCACUCAAGUGAAUGUACAAGCCCCCCAGUCGGGCCGAGCCGGAGCCCAAAAAGCCUACCCUCCUUAUGCAAGCUCUGGGCCACCGCAAGUCUACGGACCUAUCUAUGCUCGCACCCGCUCACUGUGAUUCUGAGCCAGUGCCAAAGGGCUGUGACCCCCUCCGUGACCCCAUGGUGAUUUCCCUCCUACCUGAAGGCUGCUGCGGCUGCUGGGGCUCAGAGGUAGCAGAAAGCUUUAUCAUUAGUUGGUGCCUCGGUUGGACCCUACUGAAUGACAAGUUCGCAUGCGAUUGUGUCUGCAUCCGCGUUUCUACUUUAUCGAUGUCAUCCCCAAGUGCGGACGGCAGUGAAACAAAACAAAAAAAUUAAUUAAAAAGGUCACUUAAUCAAAAGAGAAUACCUCCUUCGAAGACCAAUGUGUUUUACCUCACUGUAUAUAACUGGGUUUGUUUACUUCUCUCUGAUGAUUUUCGGGGUACUACUUUGUCGUCGCUGGCCUUGUGUUGUCCUGUGUGCUCAGCUGUACAGCCCUCUCUCCAGCUUCGGUACCAAUGCCUUGUUCAGUAUGUCUUUGUUUUCAAGUGCAGAAGAAGAGCGGGAGGCUGAGGCGGCUCCCUGGGGGCACGGACUGGACACGCCCCCCCUGGACAAGCUCUGCCCCUCGCCUCCCCGCUCCACUCUUUCUAAGCAUAUUCGCAUCUUUUCUAUAGUGUACAGAUGGAAGAGCAUAGGAAGUAGAGGAUUGACACGUAUGUUAACUCUAACAUAGCUGUGUAGACGUGUGAAUAAAGAAGCAAGCUUUCACUACA